AUGGAAGCUGCCAGUGCAAAAACUGGUUUAUUUCGACGUCCGAUGAAUCCAUUGAAUAUAUCAUUUCCAAACAAAUAUUUUAUUGAAGGUUAUGACCCAGAAAUGGAACUUAGCGAAAUACUGAAAGAGGCACCAGCGUUUUAUAAGGAUAACUUAAAAGUAAUGGCCAAAGAGGCUAUGGGUUUAUUCGAUUUGGAGAAGAAAGAACUAUUUGAAAACUGUGGAAUGCUAUCGCAAGGUGAAGCAAGAAAGGAAUAUUGUUUUGAUAAUCCUGAAGCUCUAAAAUUAUGGCGUAUGGCUUGUGAUUCAGACUGGAAUCAGGGUUAUUCAAAUUGCGAAUUAGAUGGCAAAUCAGAAAGAGCGGGUUGGGCUGGAAUAAAGCUUGAUGACAGAGGAUCAUUUCGAAGGAAGAAGUACUUUUCUAGGUGGAAGAGUUUCACUCACUUGCUUAUUAAGUGUCGAGGUGAUGGUCGUACAUACAAAGUGAUGCUCUACUGUCCGUUGAGUAUGGAUAUUACAUGGGGUGACACUUGGUCUUAUCCACUACAUACACAUGGCGGUCCUUACUGGCAAUACGAAAAAAUCCCUUUCUCAAGGUUUUUUCAUACUGUCUAUGGAAGGAUACAAGAUCGCCAGUACCCAGUGGAUCUCCGAUUGGCUAGCUCUAUUGGAAUAGUAAUUAUGGACAGGAUAAAUGGUGCAUUCGCUCUUGAACUGGAUUAUAUUGGUGUAUGUUAUGAUCAUGCACACAAAGAGAAAUUUGCAUAUGAAACAUAUACAGCCCCCAUAUGUUAUACUAUAGGUAUUUAG